AUGAGGGUCUUCCCAGAAUCUCAAGGCUUGGAAGAUGAUGAUGAAGAUGAUGACAACACUGCACAUCCUCAACCCCAGUGCAAGAGCCAUGACAGCUUGAGUGACAGUGAAGUGGACAAUCUGGGGGAAUCCAUGCUAUUUUCCCUAAAUCCCAGGCACUCUUACACAGUGAAAGAUGAAGAAAUGAACAAUAGAAUAUAUACCGAUAAAUUGGCCAAGCACGCUCUGGAGCUUGAGGAGGAAGCUCAAGAGUUUAAAGAACCAUUUUACAACAACAUGGAAAUGCCUGACAGCUUGUCUGAAGAUGAGGACCACAGCUGGAUCAGGACCUAUCACCUUCCUGUGUUCCAAAGGGUGUGCAUGUCCCAGGCUGCUGGUGUGGCACCGCGUGGCUCCUGUGACUCUUUCCGGUGUAGCACAGGCAAGCACAUGGGGAUGGAUGCCUUUGCCUCGUGGGCUGACGCCAGAGACCCUUACCUGGGGUACCCAGAGCACAGCCUAGGAGCAGAGCCCCACAUGCUGCAUGAGGAUGCCAUCAGGGACAGGGAGCUCCCAUCCCUGCAGCUGAGCCAUGACGUGCUCAGGGAGGAGAACACCAUGCUCAGGAAGCUGAUCAGGAGCAUGCAGAGCUCCUUGGAGAGCCAGGCAUGCACAGUGCGGAGGCUGGAGAGGCAGGUGAAGGCCAUCCUGGCCAAAGGGGAGAGGGAAACCCAAGAGCUACUGUCCUUUGUCCGGAAGACAGAGUGGAGUCUCCAGGAAGAGCUGGAGAACUCCAAGAUGGAGAACGAAAGCCUGAGAGCAGGCCAAACAACCGACCUGGGGGCAGUGAAGAACAACAUAGACAUUGCCUUGCAGAACCUCAACAAGAUAAUAACAGGUGCAAACUGUUAUAUCAGACAACUCACCCAUGGAGCAGAGUCACUGCAUUUUGUUGCUGAGGUCCUUCAGUCUACUGGCAAAAUUUCUGAAGUUGAAGCAAAAAAAGAGGUAUGA